UCUUCUUUUACCUGCACCUUAAGGUAGCAUUUGCACUGAGCUCCACGGAUCAGUAGCUCCAUUCCUAUAUUUGUUUUCGGUCUAGCCAUAGUCAUGGCAACACAAAGAAGAUGGGUACUUCUAUUGGGAAUUAACUUUUAUCUUCGUAAAGAUCAACAGCUGAAAGGAGCCGUCAACGAUGUUAAAAUCUUCAAAGAGUGGUUUGAAGACGCCCGUGAUCCUCCUAUAAUUAAAGCGCUUAUUGCUGAUACCAACGGUGAUAAUCAUCAAACACAACCACCAGGGGCGCCAGAGACAUGGCCGACCUACGAAAACGUUACCAGCGAGCUCAAACGAAUAACGAAAGAUGCAAGCCCUGGAGAUCUGGUUCAUAUCCAUUACUCGGGCCACGGGACCCGCAAGAAAAUAUCGGAGGAAUACAGAGCCAUAGAUGGGGGGGAUGCAGCAUUGGUGUUAUUUGAUCCCGAGACUACAACUAAGGCAAAGUACCUGAGGGGAUUUGACCUUGCCUCCUUACUAGACGAAAUGGUUGAGAAUGACCUUAGGGUAAGCGUCGUUUUGGAUUGCUGCAGUUCCGGUGGCAUCUCUCGAGGUGCGACCGAGACUCGGGGUAUCCCCUGGGAUGAUGUGACAGCGGCGGAGUCCCCCCUGAAUGUAGCGCAACAGCGACGUGAGAUUGACGACGAACCAAACUUUCGCGAUGGUGAAGCCGAUCACCAUUGGCUCCUCCGACCCGAUAACUAUACCUUGAUUGCGUCUUGUGGUCCAUAUGAGUUAGCAAAAGAGAUCAGGGCCGGCCAACAGUUCCAUGGGGCUCUAUCUUGGCAUUUUCUCGAAGCUAUGUGGUACCUCUCUGAAAGCAGUAUGGACCACACUUACGGAAACAUCAUCAGGCGAAUUAGAGCGAGGUUUCGCAUGCUCACUCAGCUCAGUACACAGAAUCCUAUGAUGAUGGGUACCGACUCCAUUUUCAUAGGCCAGGAGCGAACAAGGCGAGAGAAACAGGCGACGUGCGAAGUCAUAGGCUCGACUCCUGAGGGCCGCAUAAUCCUUAACGUUGGUCUGAUCCACGGAGUUCAAGAAGAUGACCAGUAUACCGUACACAUUCCGAAUAACGUCGCAACGAAAACGCCCCAGUUCACCAUUAAAGUGGUCCACGGAGCAUCUUCAGAAGCGGAAGAAGAAAUAUUGCAAAGCUCACGCUCGUCACCUACAAGGAUAGAAGUUGGCCUCUCUGCCACCCUGACGAGGUUACAUAAGCCAAAAGCCCAAGUUCAACUAUUCCCAGGCGCAAACACUCAAUGGAAAGAGGCAAGUAGGGAGAGCGCAUGGGUCCAGACAGUUCCGCAUGAUGAACCAUUAUCUGUGGACGUUCCGGGAAUCGCGAUUAUUCUCAACGACAGAUUCGAGUAUGAAAUAGUCAGCGUGGGGACACAUGAGAGCAUGAAUAUGCCUUGUGUACCAAGUCAAGAUGGGGACGCUAUCUCGAAAGUAGUUUCGUUGCUUGAGCACCUGGCGAAAUUCAUGCUCACGGAAAGCCUUGAGAACAGAGGGAAUGGAGUCAUGGCUCAAAAUGAUUUUCGCAUUGAACUGCCAGGUAUAGGGUUAAGUUCCGCCAUACCAUGUACCAUGAAAGCGAAAGACCAAGAUAUUGUGCCUUUUGUCUUCCACAAUAACACAGCGCACUACUUAUAUUUUACCAUUUUGAAUCUACGCCCCCUUCGCGAGAUAACCAAAAUACCUAAGGACUGGGAAUACAAAGUCGUAGAGCCUCGUUCUAGUUUGACAACUAAAAUCCGCAUGUCAGUUCCAAAACUUAUCAAAGAUAACGGAGGCUCAAGAGCAACUACUAUUUUUAAGUUCAUCGUCACGACGAAGCCGAUACGUGUGUCUGGACUCACAUUGCCGGAUCCUUGGGCGUCUUCGGACGCCACGCGAGGUGAAAGCGCUCGCACAUUAGACUCGCUACUUCAAGGGCAAUCUGUUGAUGAGAUCAAGGAAGAACGGCCGGUCGCCAGAGGGGAAAGUGACACCCUGAGUUGGACAUGUUAUAGUAUAUAUAUGGACGUUAAUCUAUAUAUAAAUUAGCCAGUGGUUACAAGAUCUUGAUAUCAUCGUUGGUGCCUAUAAAUAGCAUACCUAGGAGUACGCUCUGAUAAGUUAUCUUCCCUGCCAUAGUAUCUUUG